AUGACAGAAUUAGAGAAGUCGGGACUGCCUAUCUGGGCGUCUGGACAGUCUACAGUGGGUGCUGGUGCUGAAACCAAGGUUCACAGUCGCAACGUCACCGUGAAUAUCAGUGGUGUAAACGUCUCACCAAACGACAUUGUUUUUGCAGAUCCAAUUGAAGGAGUAGUAGUGAUACCGAAUGGUCUAGUCGAUCAAGUGAUCGAAUUAAUGCCGAAAUUGGUGUCGGCAGACGACAAAGUGAAGGAAGAAGUGGAGAGUGGUACGACAGUGCAGGCUGCAUUCAAGAGACAUCGCAACUGA